GCCUCCGCGAGAAAUGGCAGAUUUUAUGUCUCUUAUCUGUCUUUCCCUGGGCAGGUGGUAAAGUAUCUGAGGGAAACGAAUGAGCAGGGUGCCAGUGGAGAACAGAGAGAUGAAGACUUUAUCUCUCCUCUUCCUCCUCCUCCUCCUCCUCGCCUCAGGAGCCUGUGACGACGUCAAGUACAUCUCCAAGAGGAACUCAGUGGAUGGAUGCAUCGACUGGUCGCUGGAUCUGAAGAAAUACCACGUUUUGGCCGGUGAGCCCGUUCGAGUCAAAUGUGCCUUGUUCUACAGCUACAUCCGAACCAACUACACCAUGGCCACCAACGCCAAGCUGCGCCUCAUUUGGUACAAGAACGAAGGAGACGCAGAGGAGCCCAUCAUCUUCUCAGGUCACAGGCUGAGUAAAGAAGACGACUCCAUCUGGUUCCGAUCUGCUGAGUUGGAAGACAGUGGAUCCUACACCUGUGUUCUAAGGAACUCAACAUACUGCAUGAAAGUGUCCAUGUCAAUGACGGUGGAGGAGAGCGACGAGGGGAAAUGCUUCAGUAGCAAAAUCCGCUAUCUGGAAAAAGCUGAGUUAACCCACAGCAAAAUGAUCAACUGUCCUGAUAUAGAAGACUAUUUGGCUCCAUAUAAACAACCACAAAUGACUUGGUACAAGGAGUGUGAGCGGGUUGAAUGGAGAAGCUCCGUCAUUGUUAAUACCACACAUAUCUGGAUACCUGAGAUAGAGGAAGGAGACAGCGGAAAUUACACCUGUGAAUUACAGUAUGGAUCCCGAUUGGUGCGAAGGACAACGCAACUCAAAGUCACAGCUCUCCAGACCACACAACCUCCCAAGGUCCUUUUCCCCCCAGACAGACAAGACACAGUGAUAGAAGUCACACUUGGUAUGCCUCUCAGUUUGGACUGCAAGGCCUUUUUUGGCUACAGCGGAGAAAACAGAAAGCCCAGCAUCCACUGGACCAAAGGAGAAAAAUAUGUUGAAGAACUAGCAGGACAUAUUAAAGAAAGUGAAGUCAAGAUCUUGAGGGAGCAUUUAGGAGAGAAGGAAGUGCAGGUGUCCUUAACGUUUGAUGCCGUGGAGGAGGCAGAUUUGGCCAACUAUACCUGUCAUGUAGAGAACCACAUAGGGAGCAGCAGCGGUAGCGCUAUACUGCAAAAGAAAGAUAUGUACCGUCUGGAGUUAGCCGGAGGCCUCGGGGUCAUAUUGCUGCUGCUGGGAGUCCUAACCGCGCUUUAUAAAUGUUACAACCUGGAGAUCAUGCUCUGCUACAGGAGACACUUUGGGAGUGAUGAAACUGAAGACGAUAAUAAGGAGUAUGAUGCCUAUCUGUCCUAUACUAAAGUGGACCUCGACUCUCUGGGCAGGACGAGCAGUGAUGAGGAAAUAUUUGCUUUGGAGAUCUUACCGGAUGUUUUGGAGAAACAUUAUGGAUACAAGCUGUUUAUACCAGACAGAGAUUUAAUACCCAGCAGUACCUACAUCGAGGACUUGGCUCGUAGCGUGGAGCAGAGCAGACGCCUGAUCAUCGUUUUAACUCCGGAGUUUGUCGCCAAAAGAGGCUGGAGCAUCUUCCAGAUAGAGACACGCCUCCACUCCAUGCUUGUUACCGGAGAGAUCAAGGUGAUCAUGAUAGAGUGUGCAGACCUGAAAAAUGUCAUCAACUAUCAAGAGGUGGAAGCACUUAAACAUACCAUCAAGGUUUUAUCCAUCAUCAAGUGGAGGGGUCCUAAGAGCAAUGAGCUGUCAUCGAAGUUUUGGAAGCAGGUGGUCUAUGAGAUGCCUGCUAAACGCAGAGAGACACUGUCCAGACGCCAGGUGAUGGAUUCUGGGGAACAGGGCCUCUUUGGUGACCUGCAGACCACAGUCUCCACCAUUGCCAUGACAACCACUUCUGCCUCCCUGGCGCCCCCUAAUGAGAGUCGACAUGGACAUCAUCAGGUUGCCUUGGCAACAGAGAUCCCUGACUACAACCAGAUGACCUUACCACUGGGAGGGGGUCACACUGCUACAGCAGCCCAAAUGCGGCAUUUCUGCCGCAGCUACGAGUUCCAGCUUCCACCACAGCCCUCACCUCCCCUUCCACCUCCCUCUACAGUGCAGUUCUCCACUCUGGGCCCCGGGGGGCGCCAUGUCUAUUGCAAUAUCCCUAUGACACUGCUGAAUGGACAGGGGUUCAGAGCAGUUCACUGGGGAACAAGAGGUGCAACAGAGCAAUACCCUUGGGAAGAAGCCAGAACUCCACCUGAACAGCACGUUUGUUCCCCUCACCAGCAGAGAACUAAGCUCUGA